UCGUUUUCCUCUGCCUGUAUAGGGCGCAGAUGGCAGCAGGUACGAAGGGCGACGGGCCGGCGAUCGGCAUCGACCUCGGGACGACCUACUCCUGCGUGGCCGUGUGGCGGCCGGUGCACGAACGCGUGGAGGUCAUCGCCAACGACCAGGGCAACCUCACCACGCCGUCCUGCGUCGCCUUCACCGACACCUGGCGGCUUAUCGGCGAUGCAGCCGUGAACCAGGCCGACAUGAACCCCGCCAACACCGUCUUCGAUGAUAAGCGACUGAUCGGUCGACGAUUCAGCGAAGUGUCUGUGCAAGGAGAUAUGAAGUUGUGGCCUUUCAAAGUUAUUUCAGGUCCUAGUGAUCGUCCAAUGAUUGUGGUGCAGUACAUGGGCGAGGAGAAGAAGUUUGCGGCCGAAGAAAUCUCCUCCAUGGUGCUUGUCAAGAUGAGGGAGACAGCCGAGGCCUACCUUGAAACCGCGGUGAAGGAUGCUGUCAUCACCGUCCCAGUCUACUUCAACGACUCGCAGCGCCAGGCCACCCUUGAUGCCGGCACCAUUGCUGGCCUCAACGUCACACGUAUCAUCAACGAGCCCUCUGCCGCAGCCAUUGCCUACCGACUAGACGAUACGUUGGUCACUGGCGAAGCAAAGACGGUGCUCAUAUUUGAUUUCGGUGGUGGCACCUUGGAUAUCUCUGUCAUCCACAUUGACAAAGGCACCUUUACGGUCAAGGCCACGUCCGGGGACACCCACCUUGGAGGGGUUGAUCUUAACAACAAAAUGGUGGAACACUUCGUGCAGGAAUUCUUGAAGAAACACAAGGCUGACAUCAGAAGCAACCGGAGGGCGAUGAUGCGGCUGAGGACGGCCUGCGAGAGGGCGAAGAGGAUGCUGUCUUCCACGGCGCAAGCCAAGUUUGAGAUCGACUCGCUCCAUGACGGCAUUGACUUCUAUGGAUCCAUCACCCGUGCCCGGUUUGAGGAGCUCAACAUGGACCUCUUUCCCAAGUGCAUUGAGCAUGUUCAGAAGUGCCUCAGCGGCGCCAAGAUGGACAAGUCACAGAUCCACGACGUGGUGCUCGUCGGCGGCUCCACCAAGAUCCCCAAGGUGCAGCAGAUGCUGCAGGAUUUCUUUGACGGGAAGAAACUCUGCAAGAAAAUAAAUCCGGACGAGGCCGUCGCCUACGGCGCUGCUAUUCAGGCCGCCAUCCUCAACGGCGAGUACGAUCAGAAGGUGGUGGACCUUCUCGACGUCACGCCGCUGUCUCUUGGGAUAGAGACGGUCGGUGGUGUCAUGAGCGUGGUGAUACCCAGGAACACCACCAUCCCCGUUAAGAUGGAGGGGCCUUACACGACCGAAUAUGAUUACCAGACCACUGCGGGCAUCUAUGUGUACGAGGGUGAAGGGACAUUGACCAUGGACAACAAGCUUCUGGGCAACUUCACGCUCACUGGCAUCCCUCCAGCGCCAAGGCUCGUGCCAAAGCUAAAAGUGACAUUCGAAAUCGAUACAAACGGCGUCCUAACGGUGGUGGCUGAGGACAGGUCGAGCGGAAACAAGAACUGCAUCACGAUCAUCAACAACAAGGGUGGGUUGAGCAAGGAAGAGAUCGAGCGGAUGGUGUCUGACGCCAACAAAUACAAGUCCGAGGGCAAGAAGGAGAUGGUGAAAGUGAAGAAGGAACGCUGA